AUGGCGUCCAGGCUGCUUCUGGGAGUUUUCCUCGUCCUGACAUAUGCACAGACGAUCUUGUCACAGACAACAAGCGCACCAUUAACUACCUCGGCCACCGCAUCUGCGACUGGCCCUUCCAGCUCUGGCUCGACGCCGCCUGACGUAUGGCUGAAUGUACCGAAUCUUUCAGUCGGUCGCAUCGAGCUUGACGUAGAUGAUCUACGUGCAGAUAUCAAUCUGAAUGCUCAAGUUGCUUCCCUAGUCACUCUGAAUGCAGGUGUGGCGGUGUCAAUUCAGCAGGUUAACCUCACAAUCUCGGACGUUGAAGCUGAGCUAGAGUUGAUCGUCCGUCUGGGACAUCUGGUGGACAUCGUCAACCGGGUUUUCGAAUCGCUGGACUUGAACCCACUCCUCAUCUCAGCCAUUAACAACGUCACUUCACUACUCGAACCAAUUGUCGGUGUGAUUGAUGGACUCCUAGGUUCCAUCACGCAGGGCGGCACGACGCUGAACUUCCUAGUCGAUAAUCUCGGGAAUAUAGUUCAGGAAGUUGGGGGAGCAAGUUCGAUUGUCGGAAAUUACUUGACGAAUAUGACGGAGACUGGUGCCACGAAGAACCUGGGCUCUGGACUCGUGCAGAAGACAUUCUCAUAUACACCAUUGAAUGCACUGGUUGACAUUGUCUUCAAUACCGCGGGCCAAGUUGUCCAAGCAGCUGUUCAGAAGGCAGGCAGCGGCGGUGGUGGCUCAACAUCAACAACAUCAACAACAUCAACCGCGGCUACAUCUACUACUGCAAGUGCUGCAUCUACUGGAAAUUAG